AACAAGAGAGACUGAGAAAACAUAGACGAGCUCGUGUAUGUUAUCUUCCACAUAGAAAACCCUAGUUUUCAUCGUCUCCUUCCUCAAACUCUUCCCUUUCUGUCCACUCUCUUCCUCAUUUUCAUCUUCUGCAUCUGUAUUUUCCCCUCAUUGAUCUCUCUUCAUUCUUCCAUUCCACCCAAAAUCCUAAUUUCCUCAAAUCUAGGGUUUACUUUGCAUUCCCGUUUUAUUAAUUUUAUGUUCAGCAUGUUGUGUCCCAAAGCGUGAAAAUUUUUCCAAUAAAACACAAAGUCUGCUGCUUUCAAACUGUGAGGUAACGGAAUUAUGUAUAAAGAUCGAGGAGGAGUUGCUGGUGCUUCAUCAAGAUCGGAGAUCGAGCGAAAGCGCAUAAAUGAUGCGCUGGACAAACACCUUGAGAAAUCAUCCCCUUCCACUUCGCGGGCCUUGAACAGUAAAGACAAAGAGAGAUUGUCCGUGCCAUCCAGUUCCACCGGUAAAUCUCAGCUCGAUCAUCGCGAUCCUCGCUCUGGUGCUCUCUCCAAGAACAAGUGCUCCGAUGAGGAAUCAGAGACUGACAGUGAAGAAUCUGAUGUUAGUGGUUCUGAUGGGGAUGACACAUCUUGGAUCUCAUGGUUUUGCAAUUUGCGCGGAAAUGAAUUUUUCUGUGAAGUUGAUGAUGAAUACAUCCAGGAUGAUUUUAAUCUCUGUGGUUUAAGCAGUCAAGUUCCAUAUUAUGAUUAUGCACUUGAUCUGAUUUUGGAUGUUGAAUCCUCCCAUGGUGAUAUGUUUACUGAAGAACAGAACGAGUUGGUGGAAUCUGCAGCAGAGAUGCUGUAUGGUCUAAUCCAUGUGCGAUACAUACUAACAAGCAAGGGAAUGUCAGUAAUGUUAGAGAAGUACAAAAAUUAUGACUUUGGGAGAUGCCCAAGAGUGUACUGCUGUGGACAGCCGUGCCUUCCAGUUGGCCAGUCAGACAUUCCUCGUUCAAGCACAGUUAAAAUCUACUGUCCUAAAUGUGAAGAUAUAUAUUACCCUCGAUCCAAGUACCAAGGCAACAUUGAUGGAGCUUAUUUUGGAACCACAUUCCCUCACCUAUUCCUGAUGACUUAUGGGCACCUGAAGCCACAAAAGGCAACACAAAGCUAUGUACCGAGAGUUUUUGGCUUCAAGCUCCACAAACCUUGAGUUAGAAUUUGAGCAGCAUACGAUUCAAUUAGAGGUGUCCCAUUGGUUGCUGCUCCACGCUGCGUUGUUUUUGGUGGUCCAAGUAUUAUCAACUUAACAAAGAACGUAAAGGUGCAGCAGUUCUAAAGAGAUUAUAAUUGAUUUGAUUUGAUGAAAAUGUUUAAAAUGCAAUGUGGGUUAGUAGUUGACAUAUCUUACAUUUUAUUUGUGAAUUUUAACAGUAUUUGUAAGGUUAUUUUUGUUUUUUCUUUGUUGAGAAUUGAUUCCGGUAUUUUCACUAUAGUUGUUGGCUUACCAA